GGCAAUAUUUUAAUGUCGGAUAAUUACAAUGAGUUAUUUAUUAUUGAUUUAGGAUUAUGUAAACCUAUAAGUGAUUUUCAAGAUUCUGACAAUAAUAAUGAAAUUUAUGGAGUUUUACCUUACAUGGCGCCUGAAAUAUUAAGAAAAAAACCCUAUACUCCAGCAAGCGAUAUUUAUAGCUUUUCGAUGAUAAUGUGGGAAUUUACAUCAGGUAUUCCCCCAUUUAAGAAUGAAGCACAUGAUCACCACCUAAUCUUGAGUAUUUGUAAAGGUGAACGUCCUGAAAUUGCAAAAAAUACUCCAAAAUGUUAUAUAGAUUUAAUGAAAAAAUGUUGGAAUUUAGAUCCAUUAAAUAGACCAACUAUAGCAAUGCUUGAAUAUACUAUAUCUGCAUGGAUUAUGUGUAUUAAUGAAUAUUAUGAAAUAAACAGGGAUGGAAAUUAUGAAUAUGAAGUAUUUAAUAUUGAUAAUCAAUUAAAAAAUGAUAUGUUGGAAUUUGUAGAAGCAAACAAAGCUUUAGGACAAGAACAAGCAAAUACUUCUAUUAUCCAGUUUCAUC